AUGUCCGAUACCGUGGAGCCCAGGCCUCUGACGUCGGCCUUUGAAAGUCCAACUUUCGGGGAAGACAGCUCUUUUCACGUGGAACAGCCCGUGGGAUCAAUGUCAAUAUCGCCAUGUGGACGUGACGUGGUUCUGGCUUCAAAGGAGGGCCUGCAUGUCAUUGACCUGGAUUCACCAUAUUCACCACCUCGGUAUCUCCCGCAUCAUACACCAUGGGAGGUCGCAGAUGUUCAAUGGUCUCCGUUUGCCGCUCGAGAUUACUGGGUUGUGAGCACGUCGAAUCAGAAGGCGUUGGUUUGGAACUUGGCUAUGAAGACCUGGCAGAACUCUAUUGAGCUUGUUCUCCAUGCCCACACGCGAGCCAUCACGGAUAUCAACUUCUCCGCCCAUCAUCCGGAUACUAUAGCGACAUGUGCAGUUGAUAGUUUUGUACACUGCUGGGACCUACGAUCACCUGCGCGCCCAGCGAUCACAUUCUCCGAUUGGUUCGCCGGUGCGACGCAGGUGAAAUGGAACCGACAAGACCCCAAUGUCAUAGCGAGCUCUCAUGACAGGUUUCUGCGGAUAUGGGACAAAAGGAAGGGUGCAUCUCCAAUCAAAUCCAUCGAGGCGCACAAUACCAAAAUUUACGGCGUUGACUGGAACAGAGUCCGCCCAGGAGCUCUUGUGACUUGUUCGCUGGAUAAGACCGUCAAAUUCUGGGAUUACACUGUCGAAGGUGAAAUGCCGGAGAAAACCAUCAGGACCCCUUUUCCGGUGUGGAGAGCGAGAAACACACCCUUUGGGUGGGGUGUUCUGGCCAUGCCUCAGAGAGGCAACAGUGACCUUCAUCUAUAUAGUCGCAGGGCUGGCGAAGGCUCCAAUCCGGAUGAAGAUCUCCCGCUGGUGCAUAGUUUCCCCGGGCACAAGGGCCAAGUGAAAGAAUUUCUAUGGAGAACUCGCGGAGGGGAGUCGGAUGGGAUCGACCAUCGGGAAUUUCAAUUAGUAUCAUGGGGGACAGACAGGGAGCUACGGCUACACAGAGUCAAUCCCGAUAUUCUGCAAGGAGUUGGAUAUCGAAAGGGCGAUUCAUUCCUAACAAAUUUGAACCUCACCCGCAGGGGCGCCGCUUAUCGAAGUUUCCGGGAUGAAACUGUGAGCCAAGAAUACGAAGAUUCGGACUCGGCAUCUGCUUUUCAGGAACCUGGCACCCAUGGUGCUCCUGGAAUGAGCACCGUGACUGCCCCGUCUGCUCGUUCUUGGAAUGGGGGCAACCCAGAUUCGAGGAUCGGCAUGCAAGGCAGGUCAAAUGUGCGCGCCGACACCAAUCCAAUCUCAUGGAUGCGAGGCGUUAAGAUAUCAGGGUGGGAAGUUGAGACUUUGGGAGAUGAAAUCACGCAUGUUGGAGAAAAGUUUACCAAAGUCUCCUUCGAGUCUGUUGAUGUCCGCCAGCGCAAGGCAACAAUAUCCCUCCAUGGGCCAUGGGGAACGGAUGGGGUCUCUUUGUUCUUGAAAGUGGACAUCAAAUUCCCAGUUGACUACCCGAAGUCUGCAAUGCCAACUUUCAGCGUACAGAAGACCUCUGCUGUUACCGAUCAGCUCUCCGACAAGAUCAUUGGUGAGUUGCGUACAAUAGCGGAGACUUAUCUUUCCCACAAACGAGGUUGUCUUGAAGGUGUUGUCCGUUAUCUCCUUGGCGAGAGCAGCCUAGAAGAAAGCAUUGCUUGGAUCCUUGGGGAAACCGUCGAGACGGUCAAAUCUCCGGUCAACGGACAGAUGGGUGGCGAAGAAUCUAGUGAUGAGGAUGAAGUUGGGAUGUCUCAAAGCCAGGAGCUAGGAAUGAGCUCUGAGUUGCUUCGACCCGUCAAUGCUAACGUCAUGGUUCCCGUAGCAAAGGUAUGCGGUGCGCUAUGGGCCAAUGAUGGUCGCUUAGUGUGCUUUUUCCCUUCCAAGAAGAACGAUUCCGCCUCUUUCCUAGAAAACUUGGGGUUCAAAGAAAUGUCUAGAGCGGACAAAGUCUUUGAGGGAUUCGGCAGAUUGCAGACAAACUCGCCUGGUCCCCGCAUAAGCAGUGGCAUUGCGAGCACGGACGAUGGAGCCUCUGAAUACUCGGACGAUUCGGAGGCAGAAACGUCGAGCUCUUCCGGGUCUUCUGGUAUCUUGUCGAGUCUGCAGCAUCGGUUUCCAACACCUCAAACCUGGCGCAGUGCUGGUAGCCUUGGUUUGUACCGACCGAGGUCCACCGACAAUUCUCAAAGGUCGACAGUUGGUGCGAUGACCGCCAAGUCGUCCGGACAGGCCCAGAAUGUGAUAUCGAUAUAUGACUUCAGUGACCUGCUCCCAGCAAAACGUGACUUGGCAACUGGCUAUCGCAUCUACGGCAAAGGAGCAGACGUAUGUGCUCAUAACGCCUCUGUGGCCCUGCAGCAGGGCUACCAUGAGUUAGCACGGAUCUGGGGGCUUGUGAAACUUAUAUUACACAACGACAAACGCCCUGUUCCUUCCACAAGCUUGGAUUCCGUCGGAAGAAGUAGGCAAAUCCGGAGAAAAGAUAGUGCUGUGGACUUGAGUUUUGACACGAGGGGCCAAGAUCCUCGGGCAAAAGAUGCCUUGAGCAGCAUUAUCCAAUGGGGAGCCCAUCCUUUUGGUAGCCACUGGCUUAUUCCGGCACUAUUUGACCACUUUGAACGCAUUGGUGACGUACAAAUGGUCGCAAUGCUGUCCUGCGUGCUCGAACAGUCUAAUCGUCAGAAACGAUCGCUGAAUCAAGAACGUCGCGGCAGGGCAACGUUAAAGAAGAUGGACAACCAGUCUUUCUCGCUGGACUUUGAUUCACACCAUCCCUCCCAGAGCAAGUCUCAAGCCACUACGCCAUUGAUUUCCACGCCUAAAGACAGCCACACCACCCCGGUCACACAGAGUUCUGGGCGAUCCUCUUCCGAGAUAUGGCGUGCUGAUUCCACGCCCCCGUACUCAACAGGCACUACUCCCCCGUUGGCGUCUCGUGGGCUGGUCACAGAAAGGAGGAUGAUGGGACACAACACACCAGUAGCCGUCUCCCCCGACCAGCAAUCUCAACCACGCAGUGGAUCAGGGAUUGGCUCUGUUCUCGCUUCUUCCUUAUCCCGAUCGUUCACAUUUGGACCUUCUUCGGCGUCGCCACCUACUAGUGCCCUUAGCAAGAGAAAGCAGAGUCCGAAUGGCAGCCCAAACCUAACAGGCGGCUCGGGUAUAUGGUCUACAACAUCUUUUCCCUCAAAACCUCCUUCAACGGUUCCGGAAUACCUCACGGCUACGUCCACCGCUGUCACCUCGCAAACUCAUUCCGACACCGAGAGCGAGAAGCCGGAGCGAGGGGCAGCAGCUAAGCCGCAGCUCAAGCUCCUUGCAACCUUGAAAAACACCGGCGCCUUUGAUACCGAUUGGGGCUCACAAACUUCAUCUUUCCUCGAUCCCAAUAAAGACUGGCUGUACCGGUCCUAUCGCACUGCCUAUGCCCACCUCCUUUCAAUCUGGGGUCUACCAGUACAGCGCACUGAAGUGCUUAAGAUUGGCGGAGUCACCGAUCAAACUAGCGACGCCAGCCUUCGCCAAUGGGCCUACGACAACUUCCAAACCUCUCUUUCCCUCCCAACCCUCCCCCGCAAAGACUCUGCCACUGCAGCCGGCGAGAAAGGCAACGACGGCCUCGAAAUCCAACGCCACUGCAUGCGAUGCGGGCGUCCUCUUCAUCUCUCUAUAUUCUCUACCAAAUCCACCACUGAAGCAGCAAGCAAGUCUGGCGUGAAGAUAUAUCCUUCAUCUACCACCUGUUCCAAUUGCAAGCCCAAGCAGCGACUACCUCUCAAACUUCCCUGCGUUGUCUGCGGAGAAGUCGUCGAAGGAAUGCUCACCCCUUGCUUCGGCUGCGGGCACGUGAGCUGCUUCGACUGCCAUCGCGGCUGGUUCGCCAUGUCCUCUGACGCCAGUGACUCCUCCAGCCCCGAACAGCAGGCAGAAUCCCAGUUCUGCCCAACAGGCUGCGGGUGCAAAUGCUCUGAACACAUCGCCACCGAUAUCCUUCUCCCAGAUUCAAACCCCGUAUCCCCCUUGACGCAGCCCAACCGGGAGAAUUCGCCGCUGAGCAUUCGAGCGCGUAAUCGCCACUCUGAUGGAUCCGGCAAACAUGUUAUCACAAGUGCCCAUAAUGAUCCUCCAACGAAUGUUGGCCAACACGAAGAUGAUCUUGACCACUGGCAGACAUCUCCGUUCGCGUCCUUGGCGAGAGGUCUGGGUGGUGGUCUGAGUAGGGGUUUGCGUCCGAAGGAAUCUGAUAAGCGGAAGUCAAAGCCGUCGGGGACGGGGUUUGUACCGAAGAAGUCGGCUAUGAAUCAGGUUGAGAAUCGGUGGUAG